AUGAGCGCAACCUCUGAGCUGAGCAUCAGAAACGAUGGCCACCUCAUUGACAUCGCUCCAAGUCCAACCACUGGCAUCAAUCAGAGCGGCCGCGGAGGCGAGAUCCACACGGAAUGGCUGCGGGAGCUGACCUCGGCGUCACGGAGCGCCGCCGUCCUGAACGACCUCGUCGGCCGAACGCCGAUGCUGUGGUACCUCGGCGAGCGCGCGGCCACCAUCCUCCGGCCGCGCUCCCGGCGCGCCGACCUGAAGGCGCUACACGCGGUGCGCGCGGUGGCCAUCGGCCCGUACCACCGCGGCGACCGUGGCCUCGCCUUCGACGACGAGGCCAAGCUGCCGUUCCUGCGGUACCUGCAGGACCAGUGCGGGCUCGACGUCGAGCAGUACGUCGCGGCGCUCGGGGCGGCGCGCGGCUGCUUCCGCGACGAGUUCGCGGACGACGCGGACGCGGUCGCCGCGGAUUGGCUCCGGGACGAGGAGAAGUUCGUGAAGAUGCUCCUCCUCGACAGCAGCUUCCUCCUCGUCUUCAGCCUCAUGUUCGGCAAGGCCGGCGGUUGGGGGGAACGGGCGGCGGCGCUCGUGGUCACCAGGGAGCGAUUCGUACUGUACACGGCCGUGGCGCAGUACGCCGACGAGAUCAAGCUCGAUCUGCUCGUGCUGGAGAACCAGAUCCCCUUCGCUGUCGUCAAGCUGCUCGCCGCCUCUUGCCGCGGCCUGAAGCUCCGCUCCGUCGAGGAGCUGAUGCUCGGCUGCUUCGACUGCAUCUGCCCGACCAGGGCGCGCGGCAAGGUCGACUUGUUGCUCCGGGAGACGACGGACGCGAAAUUCUAUCACAUCCUACACCUCUUCCACUGGUCGCGCGUCCCGGAGAACAAGUACGGCGUCCUCUCGGUGCCACUGAAGCUUCUCGAGGCCAAGGAGGAAUCGGAUCAGUCGGGGUGGAUCAUGCCUUGCGCCAGAGAGCUGCAUCGGGCGGCGGUGUGGUUCCGGAAGCCCUCUCUGGACGGGGCGGAGAGGCACGGCGGGGACCUCAACAUGGAGUUCCGGAGCGCGGCGGCGAGCCCGAUGGCGGUGAUGACCAUCCCCAGCUUCCACAUCCUCGCCUACACCGCGGCGCUGCUCCAUUCCAUGCUGGCCUUCGAGAAGCACUUCCACUGGGCGCACGGCGCCUGCGUGACGGUGCACGUCAAGCGCAUGGAGGGCCUGAUACGGUGCCCGCAGGACGCGGCGCUGCUUCGCCGCCGGUGGAUCCUCGGCAGCGUAAAGUGCACGGACGAGGAGGUGGUGGAUUUCUUCCGUGACAUGGUCUUGGAGGCGGCUGGGGUGCCCAUGCCCGAAGAGUACGGCGAGAUGAUCCGCGCGGUGGCGCGGCACAGGAGGAGGCGGGCGCGCAGAUGGUGUGGGGACUUGAUACUGCACUUCCUCCCGUCUCCCUGGGUAUCCGUCUCGCUCGCCGCCGUGGUUGCGCUCAUCAUUGUGCCGGCCAUGUUGCAGACAAUCUACACCAUUUUGGGCUACCAAAAGUAG